UCAGUUCAGAGACACUAUGGGCAAUCACAGAGGGGUGUAAGUAUCUACACAAACUGCACUUCUUUAACCUCAGAGGAAUUUCUCCCAUCUCCACCAUGCUGAUGAAAUGAAGGCUCCUCCAGGCAUGCGGGCGAACAGAACUGUACUGCACAUCCUUCUUGUGGUGCUGUCUCUGGAUCACUGUCAGGUUUAUGGAGACGUGACUGUGAACUGUACUGUUGAACUUCUGGUUACAAGAGGUUACAGAUACCCGAGAAAACCUGGGGACUCCCUCAAUAUAGAGUGUCCAGUGAAGUACUGCACAGAAAAGCCGGCCAUGAACUGGUGCAAGAUACAGGAGACGCACUGCUCACUUUUGAAAGAUGGGCCAACGAGACAUACAGCCUGGAAAGACGGGAAUGUGUUUGUUCUGAACUUUGUACCUGUUCAUAAGAACGACAGUGGAUUAUAUCGUUGUCAAGCUACUGUAGGAAGUUUAAGGAGUGAGAGCCAUGCAGUAGAAGUUCUUGUUCAAGAAGUGACUACAAAUGCCCCUACAAAUCCACUAUCAAAGGAAUUUGCAGGUGCCACUAAUGUCACAGAAGCUCCUCAAGGACCUAGCAGCAACAAUAAGAAGUGGAUUAUUUAUGCCCUAUCAUCUCUGGGGGCAUUGUGUCUCCUCAUCCUUAUCUGCUUAUGCCUGUUGUGUUGUCUGCGGUGGCACUCAGUGAAACCCAAGACAACCCCAGUAACCUCACAGAAGGAAAUGAACAUGGUCAGCAGAGCUACAUGUGCUCCAUACCACACCGAUAGGACCACGCAUGCCCCCAGUGAAGGAUCGACACUUUACUAUUGCUCCAUGGCUAGCCUGCAGCAGCCACUGGAUGACAGCACAAUUUAUGAUAAUCAUGUCCCUCACUGGAAUGGUAGCAGGGCAGCAGCUGGCAAUGCCUGUGACAGUGCUGCUGUUGAUUCCUACCAGCCCACAUCCGAGAGCGAAGAUGUCCUUGUUUAUGCUUCAUUAAACCAUUCUAGUAUUAUAGAAAAGCUCCCGAGAAAGGAGCAGAAUGUGGAAAUGGAACUUACAGAAUAUGCCACCGUUUGUGUGAAGAAAUAGCCCUGGCAAUGACAUCUCUUUAACUCGGCCAGCACCGUAACGGUUCAUGUCCUGCAGUGACUCAAGCGUUACAGCAGGAACAUAAGUACACCUUCUUCUAAACAAAGAGGAAUUCUCAUCAAUAAAAGCAUACUGAUUCUUAUGAUAUGUUCUGGAAUUCACACUUAAGUGAAGCCCAUGUUCAUGGUUGGAUAUUAGCAACCGCAUGUUUGUUAUCUUCCACAUGCGUUCAUUUGAAGCUUUCAUAUUCCAGGAACGCCCCCUGCUCUGAUCAAGGCACUGCCCAGAACAAAGUCAGAGUUUGGACAGGAUCAAUAAAAACUGAAUAAUAAAGGUUAGGAGCACUGGAAAAGAAAACAAAUUUAAAGGACAAUGAGCUCUAUUAGGUCCACUGGGGGAAAUUAUGAAUUAUUUUUGUUGAAGAAAAUUUUUCACGAUAAGAAUUUUGCUUGAAGAACAUAUUUAAGCAUAAGACUUAUGCACCACUGGGAGGUGUUCUGUGACUAUGAAGAACAUAUUCACCUGCUACUAACUAAAAAGCAAGCUAAUGUUUUUUUUUUGUUUUUGUUCUCAACCAGCAGCCUAUCCCCAUCAGUGUAGGUGGGGUUAUUUAGACAGUAUGAAAAAAAAUAUAAAAGAAAGAGAUCAUGUUUGCAAUGACAGACAAAAAAAUAACUAUGUGAGGUUAAAGAGGCAACAAAGAGGAGGAAUGUAUUGAUAAACUGCAGGAUACACAAACAGGGUAAUAGAUGCAUACAUUAAUUUAUGCAUUUACUGAUAAACAGAUGUCAUGUUGAUAAGACUCAUUACAGAUGCAUGGAUGACUCAGCCUGUUCAGAUGGAAGCACAGACUAUAGGUCAGGGUUUCUCAAACUGGGGUUUAGGACCCCUCAGGGAGUCGCAAAGUUAUUAUAUAGGGGGUCAUGAGCUGUCAGCCUCCACCCAAAACCCCGCUUUUUAUCCAGCAUUUAUCAUGGUGUUAAAUAUCUAAAAAAGUGUUUUUAAUUGGGGGUGGGGGCGGUUGCACUCAGAGGCUAGCUAUGUGAAAGGGGUCACCAGUACAAAAGUUUGAGACCCAGUGCUAUAGGUGAACAUGGAAUUCAUUUUUCUGUGGAAAAUUCAUUUCUGUGGAAUUCAUUUUUCUGUGGAAGCCAAACACCAGCAGUUUGCUGAAUGCUGCUGUUCAUCUUCUUACAUGUAAAAUGAACAGCCACCGUAUCACCUGAUUCUCACACAGCUCUACUAGCUUCCCAUUUAGUUCAGGAUCUGGCUAGAAAUUGCCCUAAUUUUUAAACACUUUCUAUGGAUUUACUCCAACCUACUUCUGACACUUUGUUCCUCCCAGCCAGGCUCUUUUCAUGGCCUUCUCCGCAUCCCAUCACAUCAUCUCAAAACGGUUGGCAAAAAGAGCCUUCACCCUUCAUAGAUCCUGCCCUCUCCGUCCUCUUUCAAAAUCCUAUCUGAAACAUAUUGUCUCCCUUGUUUAUAUCAACUGAUUUCCCCCCACCUCUGAUUUCAUGUUUAACUGUACUGUUUGUUUAUGUGGAGAGCCUGGGACAUGAUUGCAUGAAAGAUAUUAUGCAAGACCAAGAGGUAUUGUGCUGCUGAGAUGAUAAACAAACAGGAAAAAGGAGUAAGUGUAUAUCUACACAGCAAAGAAAAACCUGUGGCUUGCUCGUGCCAGUCAGCUCAGGCUAUGGGGCUGUUUCAUUGUUGUGUAGACUUCCAGGCUCAGGCUGGAGCCUGAGCUCUGGGACCCUCCCAUCUUGCAGACAUACCCUAAGUGUCAGUUUAUUUAUUUCCUAUAAAUAUUUCAUUUGUGAACAGGCUGAUUUUUUAUUUAUUCACUUUUCCAUAACUAUUUGAUUAACAGUUUGUGUGGUCAAAUUUCAGCGUACAGGUUGUUCACAAAUCGUUCCCUUAAAACAGUGUUUCCCAAACUUGGGACCCCGCUUGUUCAGGGAAAGCCCCUGGCGGGCCGGGCCCCGGUUUGUUUACCUGCCGCGUCUGGAGGUUUGGCCGAUCGCGGCUCCCACUGGCUGCGGUUCGCCGCUCCAGGCCAAUGGGGACUGCGGGAAGCGGCGCAGGCCGAGGGACAUACCGGCCGC